GUCUCCGGGGAGUAUCAAACUACCACGUCUGCAGCGCGGAGAGAGGAGAAGACUAAAGGGGAUCAAAAUAACCCGACUGGAAGAUAGGGAAGGGGUGACAGCGAGGAGUUAAGACUGCUUCGUGAAAACAAAGUCGAUUGCAACAUCUGGAGCAAAGCGCCAGCUGAAUUUGGACAUAAAAUACGCGCAGCCUGCAGCCCCUGAGCCCCCUUCCGACUUCCUGCUUCCAGUAACGUCCGAUAAUUUGGUUAAAAUUCACCAAAACGCGAGAAGAAUGCACAAACUGGACAAAUACCUCUCGUGUCUUAAGUAGCUUAAGUGGUAGCCUAAGUUGCAGAGACGCACAGCUGCAUAUCUUCGGGAAACUCCUUUUGUGCUCUCGAACACGGAAAUUCAUUUAUGGGAUACGUCUUUUCACAGAUAAUGUUUUGACAGCUAGCAAGUGAAGACUGCGCGUAUCUGUCCGUUUUUGUUUUUGAAUUGUUUUUUGGAGAGUCAAGUGAUGGCACCAGAGCUCAAAUCGCUUGUCCGACUGCUGCUGCUGGCGGUGGUGUGGGAGCUGAGCGCGCAGGGAGCGACGGAGCGACAAAUCAAUCCAGAGUCAUGGCUGCAGCAGUAUGGGUACCUGCCUCCAGGAGACUUGAGGACCCACUCCCUCCGCUCCCCUCACUCGGUCUCCUCAGCCAUCGCUGCCAUGCAGAGGUUCUAUGGCCUCACUGUCUCCGGCACCUUUGACACCAACACCAUUGAGGCCAUGAAGAGACCACGCUGUGGCGUGCCAGAUAAAUUUGGUGCUGAGCUAAAGAGCAACCUAAGGAGGAAGCGCUAUGCCAUCCAAGGCCUGAAGUGGAACAAGAAUGACAUCACUUUCUCUAUACAGAACUACACUCCUAAGGUGGGUGAGUACGAGACCCACGAGGCCAUCAGGAAGGCCUUCAGGGUGUGGGAGAGCGUCACCCCGCUUCGUUUCCGGGAAAUCCCAUACAGUUACAUACGGGACAAGGUGGAGGAGUUUGCCGACAUCAUGCUCUUCUUCGCUGAGGGUUUCCACGGUGACAGCAGCCCAUUCGAUGGCGAGGGGGGCUUUCUGGCACAUGCCUAUUUCCCUGGUAACGGCAUCGGUGGGGACACCCACUUUGAUUCAGCUGAGCCAUGGACAAUUGGAAACCGGGAUCUGUUAGGUAAUGAUAUAUUCCUGGUUGCCGUGCAUGAACUGGGGCAUGCUCUGGGUCUGGAGCACUCUAAUGACCCUUCAGCCAUCAUGGCUCCCUUCUACCAGUGGAUGGACACCGAUAACUUCAUACUUCCUGAUGACGAUCGCAGAGGUGUACAGCAACUUUAUGGGUCUGGAUCAGGCCCUCAGCCCCCUCUGGUAACACCCCGUACGCCGAAUCACAAUCCUGAGCCCACAUAUUCACCAGACAAGCCUCGCUUUGGCCCCAACAUCUGUGAUGGACACUUUGACACCAUCGCCAUCCUGAGAGGAGAAAUGUUUGUGUUCAAGGAUAAAUGGUUCUGGAGGGUACGUAACAACCAUGUUCUGGAUGGAUAUCCCAUGCCGAUUGGUCACUUUUGGAGGGGAUUGCCCACUCAUGUCACUGCUGCUUUUGAAAGGGAAGAUGGGAAAUUUGCUUUCUUUAAAGGGGACAGGUAUUGGGUGUUCACUGAAUCAAUUCUAGAUUCCGGUUACCCUAAGAGUCUUAAAGAAAUGGGCACAGGGAUUCCCAAAGAUCGGAUAGAUGCUGCUCUCUUCUACACCCCCACUGGACAGACAUUUUUCUUCAGAGCAAACAAGUAUUACCGUUUUAAUGAAGAAUCACAAACCGUUGACGAUGGCUAUCCAAAACCUAUUAGUGUGUGGCAGGGAGUGCCUGACAACAUCAAGGCAGCCUUCAUGAGCAAAGAUCAAGCGUACACGUAUUUCUACAAAGCCAACAAAUACUGGAAGUUCAACAACCAGGUAAUGCGUGUAGAGCCGGGAUACCCCAAAUCAGCCCUUCGUGACUGGAUGGGAUGCCCCAAUGAAGACCCCAAGACUGAUGGAGGAAGAGGUGGAGGCGGACACGACAAGGACAAGGAGAGGGAGAAGGAGAAGGACAGGGAGCGGGAGGAUAAGGACAGAACUAGAGAUAGAGAAAGGGACAGAGAAAGGGAGAAGGAGACGGACAAAGAGCAAGAGGAGGUGAUUAUUAUUGAAGUGGAUAAGGAUGAAGGGGUAGGUGGUGGCAUUGGAGCAGCGGCGGUGGUGGUACCACUGUUCCUGUUAGUGUGUGUGAUUGCGACGCUGGCAGCCCUGGUGUUUUUCCGCCGCUACGGUACCCCACGCCGACUCCUCUACUGCCAACGAUCUUUACUGGACAAGGUGUAGACGGAGGAGGAGGGGAGGGAGAGAGGAGAGAAAGACAGGGAGAGAAAGAGAAAAAAAGUGGAAGGAGAUGUUGAAUUAUGGAUAGUAAGAGCAGGCGAGAAAGAGAUAAAACUGGAGAAAGAGCAGAAGGAAAAGCACCAGACUUGCAUUUUAAAAUAUUCUUACCACUGCUAGAUUCCUUUUGCUCUAUCUCUCAACCACUCCAUCCUUCCAUUUAUUUUUCUCCCUCUUCUGUCUCUGCCUCACUCCUCGUUACUGACGCCAGCUCAUUGCUGUUUGUUUUAGCUUUUUUCAAUGUCUUAUUAUGUCUUAUUUUUAGUUUUUAUCAGUGGUCAGUGUUUGUGUCCUUGUGAAUUUCUGCUUCAAACCUGCAUCUUCAUGGCGCCCAUUCUAGCAUGUUCCUUCAAGUAAGCAAAGAACGCGUUUGAUCGCUCGUUCCUCCCCCUUGUUAACUUGCACACACAUUUGGAAACCACAGUGGCAUAGUCAUUGUGUUUUUUUAUCUUCCAGUAAAGUAACAUGUCAGAGCCCGUAUGGACCAUAAAAGGGAAACAUUAGCUGAAGUCCUCAUGAAGCACAAGAUACACUCAUCUGAGUAAAGCAAUAAACACAGCUGUCUUUUCCUUUUUAUAUCAGUGUCUUUAGUGCUGAUUAUUAUUAUAAAUGAUGUUAUCAUUAUUAUUAUGACUAUUACUAUUAUUGUUGUUCUCCGUGUAAAGAAUGUUUUUUUGUACAUUGUCAUUAAAAGGUCCUGCUGGACAGUGACAUACAGUUUUGAAAGUGGCCUUAAUUUUAUAUAUGUGGGGACAGUGAAUGGGGAAGGGGGUUAUGUAUUCUUGAAACUUGAUUGUUUUUUUGUUUUUGUUUUUACCUUGAAUCCAUCUCAAAUGAAAAUAAAUUGAAGAUCUAAAAAUGA